GGCCGGCGCCCCGCUGCCGCCGCCGCCGCCAUGGCGCUGGUCACGCUGCAGCGCUCGCCGACCCCCAGCGCCGCCUCCUCGGCCAGCACCAGCGAGCUGGAGGUUGGCAGUGAUGAAGAACGUAAAUUAAAUGUGAGCCUAAGUGAGAGCUUUUUCAUGGUGAAAGGAGCAGCCCUUUUCCUGCAGCAAGGAAACAGUUCCCAGGGCCAGCGAAGUCUUCAGCAUCCUCACAAACAUGCAGGUGAUUUGCCCCAGCACCUCCAGGUGAUGAUCAACCUGCUUCGCUGUGAGGACAGAAUCAAACUGGCUGUCCGUUUGGAAAGUGUAUGGACAGACAGAGUCCGGUACAUGGUGGUUGUGUACAGCAGCGGGCGACAGGACACAGAAGAGAACAUUCUGUUGGGAGUGGAUUUCUCCAGCAAGGAGAGUAAAAGCUGCACUAUAGGAAUGGUUCUUCGUUUGUGGAGUGAUACUAAAAUCCAUCUCGAUGGUGAUGGUGGCUUCAGUGUGAGCACCGCAGGGAGAAUGCACAUCUUCAAGCCAGUGUCAGUGCAAGCUAUGUGGUCUGCUUUACAGAUCCUCCAUAAAGCCUGUGAAGUUGCAAGAAGGUACAACUACUUCCCUGGUGGAAUGGCCUUGGUCUGGGCUACGUACUAUGAAAGCUGCAUCAGCUCCGAUCAGAGCUGCAUCAAUGAGUGGAAUGCAAUGCAGGAUUUGGAGUCCACUCGCCCAGACUCUCCAGCUCUGUUUGUUGACAAGCCGACUGAAAGGGAACGAACAGAACGGCUCAUUAAAGCCAAACUCCGAAGCAUCAUGAUGAGCAAAGACCUGGAAAAUGUGACUUCCAAGGAGAUACGAAAUGAGCUGGAGAAACACAUGAAUUGCAACUUGAAAGAAUUCAAAGAAUUUAUAGACAAUGAAAUGCUGCUUAUCCUGGGUCAGAUGGACAAACCAUCUCUGAUUUUUGAUCAUUUAUAUCUGGGGUCCGAGUGGAACGCCUCCAACCUCGAGGAACUGCAGGGCUCAGGCAUUGACUACAUUUUAAACGUGACCAGGGAAAUAGAUAAUUUUUUCCCUGGUUUGUUUGCAUAUCAUAAUAUCCGAGUGUAUGACGAGGAGACAACAGACCUCCUGGCUCACUGGAAUGAGGCGUAUCACUUUAUAAACAAGGCCAAGAAGAAUCACUCCAAGUGCCUGGUGCACUGCAAAAUGGGUGUUAGCCGGUCAGCAUCUACUGUUAUAGCUUAUGCAAUGAAGGAAUUUGGCUGGUCCCUGGAAAAAGCCUAUAAUUAUGUGAAGCAAAAACGCAGCAUUGCAAGACCAAAUGCAGGCUUCAUGAGACAGCUUUUGGAAUAUGAAGGCAUUUUAGAUGCAAGCAAGCAGCGGCACAAUAAGCUGUGGAAACAGCAGGCAGAGAGCAACAUAUCACAGAACACAGAUGGCACCACAGGGUCAGGUGACUUCUUACUUGAAAGCUUGGACAUUGACCUAGAAAAUCGCCUGGCUGACCUGGACACACCUUCACAGUCAGUGUACCUGGACAACCGAGCCAGCACAGAAGUGGCUGUGGGCUUCAAUUACUGCUUCCGGCGCCUCUCGGACACCCUACUGGAGAACAAGAUGCCCAGUGACAGGGAGAGUUUUUUCCAAGUGGAGGAGUUGGAGCAGGAUGCACUUGCAGAACAAGCUGACUCGCUGGCGGGAAAGCCUCUAUCUGCAUCUUCUGACGGGAGGGUGGAGACAGCAAAAGUGCUAGAGACAGCAGAGCCAGCAACAGAGCUGAGCAGCUUCUGUGAGAAGGAAGUCAAGAAGAAACUAGAAUUCAGCCCCCGGAAGGGAAGGAUAGUGCCAGGCCCCAGGGAUCUGGGAGAGGAUGGUGUCAGGGAGGAAAAUCCUAUGGAGAAGUGGAAACGUCGCUUAUCUAUGCAUAAGGAGGAGAGCAGGCUUAAUAGAGAGAACCUGAAUAACAACAACAGCAAAAGGAGUUGCCCGGAGGAUUUUGAGCAUGAUGCUGUUUUUGGGAUCCUCAGUAAAGUCAAGCCUUCCUAUCAAUCUUGUGCUGACUGCAUGUAUUCCUCGGCCAGUUUGUCUCCUGAGUCUUUCGGGGAGCAGUGUGAAAAGCUGAAUCCAGGCACUGCACGUCGCAGCUCUACCAUCUGCACACAGCCAGCUCUCCUCUCCCACAUCACUUCCAACUUGGCAGACCACCUGCCCAGCAAGUCUCAGUCAGAGGAAGUAAUCAGAACUAAAAAUAAUGAGACUCCGCUUCCUCUGUCAGCAGGAACUGGUACUUUGGAAGCUGGUACUUGCAAAUCAGUGGUUGAUCAACACUACAGUAUUUCAGAGAAAGGAAAAGAUGCACCAAAAACUCUUGUCAAAACUCUGCUGGCCAAGAGCAACUCACACUGUGACAAGAGCCCCCUUACUGCAGAAGUGGUAAAGGAAGAAUCUCUAGCCAGAAAGGACAGCAAGCCCACAAAGGAUCUGAGGUACUUGUUGUUCAGUAAAGACUUGGAAAAGCCAAGUGCAAGCAGUUACUUGAUGCAGCAUCAGGAGUCACUUAUUCAGCUGCAAAAAGCAGGCUUGGUUAGAAAACAUACCAAAGAACUAGAACGUUUGAAAAGCAUACCGUCAGAAGCCUCAUCGCUGUUCAGAGAGAGUCCAAUGAGCAGAGUUGACUCUGGCAUUGUGGAGGAAAGCCAGGAUUUGGUUUCACAUCAUGCCCUAGUACCACUUCUGGGGCCAGUACCACUGAUACCUGAAGACACAGCAAAUGAUGUGGAGAAGUUAGAGGCCAAACGUGCUGUGGAAGGAAUCUCUCAGAAAACCUCCACACCUGUCAUGUGUAGGUUGGAGCACACGAGCAGUUUCACAAAGGACUUUCUGAAGACCAUCUGCUACACCCCAUCGUCCUCCCGGAGCUCCAACCUGACGCGGAGCUCCAGCAGUGACAGUAUUCACAGCGUGCGGGGGAAGCCCGGCCUGGUGAAGCAGCGAACUCAGGAAAUCGAGACUAGGCUGCGGCUGGCUGGUUUGACUGUUUCUUCUCCUCUGAAAAGGUCCAAUUCUCUCGCCAAGCUAGGAUGUCUUAACUUGUCCUCUGAGGACUUAUCAAGUGACAUGGAUGUGUCAACCGUAACGGACUCAAAAGAAGCUGUUUCAAGCGAGUCUUCCGUGCUCUGUGAGCCACAAUCCACUCUGAGGAGUGCAGAUGUCAGCUCCACACUGGUAGCAAAGUCGACUGUGGGAAACUUGAAGAAUACACUUUGGAUGGGCAAAAGUUGAUGCUGUCUGUAGGGGAGGUGAGGGUGGUUUGGAUUUUUUUUUCUUUAAGGCAUUUAUUCAUUGCACCAAUGCAGUUUUACCAUCUGACUGGCAGUAUUUCAUCUGAUGCCACUUCUUCCUCCCCUCUUUGUAUCCUAAGUGGGGAGAAAAAGAAAUAUAAUGGAUCAUUAUGAAGGGCACAAAGAAAAAUAAAAUGUAUUGCAUGGCUUAGAAAAGGACUUUGUGUGAACUACCUGUUGUCCUGCAGGAUGCUAUUUCUAGUACUGUUUGCCAAGUAUAAUAAUGUGUUUUUGUGUGUGCAUAUAUAGAUAGAUAUUUUACCUAUUUAUCUAUCUAUAUACAUUGCUGAAAUAUUCUGUGUGAAACCCUCAAAAAAUAAUUAGUCAUUACUUUUUUGAUACUUUUUUUUUUUUUUUUUUUUUUUUUUUACAAAACAAACACAAGUCUCUAGUUAAAAUAGGCACUUGUGAAAAAAACCUUAAAACGGUGACAUGAACACAUGAACACUACCUCUGUUUUGCUGACUUCUACUCUUGGUUUGUUUUCUUUUUAAAGGGUUUUCCCACAAUACUUACCUUUUUUUUUUUUUUUGAAGGUAUUACCUUAAUGUUAACUGUAAAGACCUGAAAGAGUGUUGAGACAUAGGCUUUUCUGCACUGAGUAAUCUAGCUAUGAAGUCAAGUGAAGGAGUAUAAAGCUGUGUUCAUAUUGAGUGUGUGAUCUGCUGACGUUAGUCCUUCUUUGCUGUACAACCAGGUGAAUUGUCAUCAUCUUCUGUGGAUAACAGAGUGACAUCUAGACUGUAUCGUUGUUGAAGUGGACAGAUGUCUUGUUCUUUGGGUGUUUUGCUGUUGUGGUUUGUAACGUCCCAGUGAUAAUAACAAGCCUGGCCAGUAAGUGACCGUGAAAUCUAGUGAAACAUUAUGUGAUGCUGUAUCAGUGUUGUGGUUCCUGUGCUGGAGACCCUUCUUCAUCGGGCUGUUGGCAGCACGUGUUGCAGGCGAGAUAACCGAGCCGUCUCCUGCUCCAGGGGAAGACGGCGGCUCUCGUGGUGUGCUAUGCAUUUGAAAUCGGAAUAGGCAAUAGGCAAAUGUGUAACUUUUUUGAUUAUUGGUAUUGUUUUUGGUAGAAUAGUUCCUGCAUCCUCGGUUUCCCAGCAGCCUGGGAAGCAGUUUUGAAAGUUGUGCUGCGUGAGUCCAAGUUGUUAUUGAUGCUGGUUGGCAGGAGGCUGCAUCUACGUGUCCCAGCUCUUGCAGGGCUGCACUAGCCUCUUGCCAACAGUGACAGACGUGUAAAUCCUGCUCUUGUUUGGGUCUGUGUGCAUCCCAUGGGAGAAGCAGAGGUUAGGUGCCCAGGACGGGCAGAGGCACAGCAGGGCGUAGUAGUUUGCCCAGCCUCCCUACUCAGCCAGAGUUAUGCUUGUGGUUAGACAGCAUUUGGUGCUUCUGCAUGGUACUGCAAAAGCUGUGUGGCUGAUGAGACAGGCUCAGUCCUGCCCCUCUGAAACUGCUGGCUUCUGCUAGGCAGGAUUUGGCCACUCUGGAGCAAAGUCCUGCCUCAGAGACCUUUGUACUCUGGCGGCUGCCUGGGACCUGCUGCCUCUGCGACACUGAGGGUCAACUCAGAAAUGGUCUGUCCCUCCUCAGCUCCCAGGAGAGCCCCUGGGAACCUGAGCACAGAUCUCAGGUGCAGACCUCAAGGUUCAGGCCCUGGCAGUCAAACAGAAAAAUAGGAUCAUUCCAAAAAGAAAUGGAUAUUGAAAUUGUGGGUGAGGUCUCCUUUCAGAGAAAAGCAGGCAUGACCUGAAAGGAAGUAAAUGUAGGCUGCCUGUGUUCUCCUCUGCGGCCUUGGCCUGCCCUGUGCGCUUGGUGAUGCUGCCUGGUGGCCAGUGGCUGUUCUCGUGGACCAGUCUCAGAGCAGUGGUACAGUACGCUCGCUCUUUCUCUUGCUACCGUGCAGUGGGAGAUGUUUGAAAUGAAGCAAUUCACGGAUGCUAUAUGAAACACUUUUUUUAGACUAUUUUGGGCAGCCAACCUGAAAGAGCACAGCUCAAGACCUGCUCCGUGCUGGGUGCUCUUGCCAGCUCAGGAGGGGAGAACUCAAAAGGGGUGCAGAGGACGUGCUCCAAAUGUCGGCGCUCUCGGAGUCCCGCUGAAUGUGAAUUGGAUUUGCAGUGACUUGGGCGCUUUUGAAAAUGUGAUAGUAGCUUGCUCGUUUGGGCUAAUGUUUUGAAGCAGGCUUUGGGGUCAAAACAGACCCUAGAGCUCAAUGGUGGCAAACUGACCGAUUUGAUAUGGUGCCAGUUUAACAACGGGGCUAUGAGUCUUGAGCUCUCCAGAAUUUUAAAUCUCCUUUGAAAGCUGUUCUUACAAAUCUGCUUCUCAGGAUGGGGUGGAGAGCAGGACUGCAUAAAGUAAAACGCAGCCUGUAUUCAUCAAGAACUCAAUGUCUUGAGAAAGUGAGCCAUGUGUUUUACUGUCCCAAGCACCUGGAGUUUACCUUUGUUUUUGGUUUCCUCUUCCCUUUCUUAACCAUAAGACAACGCAUUUUGUAUCAAUAUUGUGAGGAAUUAUAUGGACUGAGAAUUGGUAUAUAAAUGUCUCUCCUUAAAGAGUCUUAAGUUUUAAGCACACCUUUAGCUUAGGGCGCCCUUCUUAUUUCCAUUGUGAGAGAAGGUUUGAAACAAGCUACAGGAGUCUGAGGUAUCUUGAACUUGGAUCCUGUGAUUGACAGAAAUCGGCCCUUUUCGCCGUCCCUCCCAUUUUUUGUUGCAUGUUUUGGAAAUCGGAAGUGACCAGUUCUGUACACUGUGACUCCCCGAGGCGUGCAUCCUGCCCCUCUUCCCAGCUCAGACCUUCCACCGAAAUAUCCUUCCCUAAGGUCAGAGUACCGUGAGUGCAUUUGCAAGCCCAGAUCUACAGUAAUAAAUUUCCUAUGUUUGUAUGCUUUUU